AUGUCAAGCGCGGCGGCAGGCGGCGACGUGGAGGCGGGGUUUGCGAAGCUCCAGGGGGAGGACUUCGAGUACUACAUGCAGACCUACUCCAUCGUCCUCGGCCGCAACUCCAAGAAGUCCACCGUCGAUGUCGACCUCUCCAGUCUCGGCGGCGGAAUGAACAUCUCCCGCCACCACGCCCGCAUCUUCUAUGACUUCGCGCGUCGCCGCUUCGCCCUCGAGGUCCUUGGAAAGAACGGCUGCCUCGUCGAGGGCGUCCUCCACCUCCCUGGCAACCCCCCGGUCAAGCUCGAUUCCCAAGAUCUACUCCAAAUCGGUGACAAGGAGUUUUACUUUCUUUUGCCUGUUCGCAGUAUUUUGGGCGGGCCGGUGGCCCCACGCCACUACCCUAACCACCCCGCCCCUCCCGGGCCCGUCGUGCCGCCCUAUAACUACCAUUUAGGCCCGGGCCAGGGCCCGGUGAAGAAGGCGCCGCGUAGGGAGUAUUACGAUGAGGAGUUCGACGAUGAGGAUGAUGUGGGUGCGCGGAAGAUGCGGAGAGAUGGGUAUGAUGGAUAUGGUUACGCUGGUAGCAAGUCUUCUCUUCCAGCACCUAUAGAACAUGAAUCCCCCAGGGAGAUGAGUGGCAAUGAGGACUAA